CUCUAUUUUAGCUUGCUUGAUACCGUUGGAGGAGUGGAUGGAGGCGAAACAUCUCGGAGAAGUACAUAUCGACUGCAGACAGACAAAUAGUUAUUUUCAGUGUCAGUCGUACUUUGUUACCAUGUCAGUAUGUUUAGCUUCUUUUUGAAGGUGGAGAGGCAGCGUUUCCAUCAUGGCGGUUACCGCGGCUCCGGCGUUUCCACGAUGGCUAAACUGAAAACUUAAGUAACGUUAGCAAACUUUGAGCAAGGAGCUGGAGUCCCAGACUUUCCCUGUUAUCACUAUAGAAACUGACACCACCAUGGCAUACACUACUUCUGUUUCGAUAUGGGCUUUUGCUUUAAGUUUAUACUUCGGCGUGUCCAACUGUUACUUUUCUAUACCACUCAAAAUAUACUUUGGGAAGUACAAUUUAUCCUCGGAUGUGGAUUUGACUCCGCUUCGGCGAGUCGUGUUAACGUCUGAUGGAAACGGCCUCUCUUUGGCCUCUGAUCCGACUGGUACAGUGAGCUUUCUGGACAUGGUAAAUAACUUGCAAGGGGACUCUGGAAGAGGCUACUACAUAGAAAUGUCAAUUGGUACCCCUGGUCAAAAGCUGAACAUCCUGGUGGAUACAGGCAGCAGUAACUUUGCCGUGGCUGCGGCUCCACACCCAUUCAUUACUCACUAUUUCAACACUGAACUCUCGAGUACCUACCAGUCAGCUGGCCGGACUGUGGCUGUCAGGUACACCCAGGGCAACUGGGAAGGUGAAUUGGGCAUCGACCGUGUCUCCAUCCCCAAAGGCCCAAAUGGGACCAUCAUCAUCAACAUAGCUGCCAUUCUGUCAUCUGACGGCUUCUUCCUUCCUGGGGUCAACUGGCAGGGCAUCCUGGGGCUGGCCUAUCCCAUGCUGGCACGGCCCGAUUCGUCCAUGGAGCCCUUCUUUGACUCUUUGGUGCGACAGCUGGGAAUUCCUGACAUCUUCUCCCUCCAGAUGUGUGGUGCUGGACUGUCAGCCAGCAGCACGGCGGACCCAGCGGGAGGCAGUCUUAUCAUGGGAGGGGUUGAACCAACUCUGUACCGGGGGUCAGUGUGGUACACCCCUAUAGUAGAGGAGUGGUACUACCAAGUGGAGGUUUUGAAGCUGGAGGUUGGAGACCAGAAUCUGGACCUGGACUGCAGAGAGUAUAACAUGGAUAAAGCUAUUGUUGACAGUGGCACGACACUGCUGCGUCUUCCUGUCAACGUCUUCAAUGCGGUGGUAGAAGCCAUCACACGCAGCUCUCUGAUCCAGGAUUUUUCUUCAGGGUUCUGGGAAGGCACUAAGCUUGCAUGCUGGAUGAAGGGAGAGACCCCCUGGAGGUUUUUCCCCAAGUUGUCCAUCUACCUAAGGGCCACGAAUACCAGCCAGUCCUUCCGCAUCACCAUCCUGCCUCAGCUGUACAUCCAGCCAAUCACAGACGUGGAUGGCACGUUAGACUGCUUCCGUUUCGGAGUGUCUUCGUCAGCUAACGGCCUGGUGAUUGGCGCUACUGUUAUGGAAGGAUUCUACGUGGUGUUUGACCGAGCCCAGCAGAGACUGGGCUUCGCACUCAGCAGCUGUGCAGUGAGCGAUGGAGUGGCUCUGUCAGAGAUCGCAGGGCCCUUCUCUGCAGAAGACGUGGCGGCCAAUUGCUCUGGCGGGACGCUGAAGGAGCCUCUUAUUUGGGUCAUCUCCUACGCCCUGAUGGCGGUCUGCGCCUUGGUCCUCAUCAUCCUGUUGCUCCUGCUGGUCCUGCCCUGCCGACGCAGAGACCACUCCGGCGAGAUAACUGACGAGUCCUCGCUAGUCCGCCACCGCAUCAAGUGACUGAGAGGACAUGGGCGGGUGAACAGGCAGGGGGACAGCAAGCAGAGCCCACCCACAGUGGUGGAGAAAGGGGUGAGGCUCGGCCGGCACCGAACAGGGACACUCGGCUCUGAAUGUCUGACUGACUCUAGACUGCACUCAUCAGGUUGCCCCACGGAGGUAGACACAGGCAGAUCAACUGCCUCUGGAAGGGAAAAUCCAGCCUAAAAACACUUCUUAAAAACAGCUGUUGGUGAUGCAUUUAUGGUUCCAGUGUCUUGUUUGGUAGCGUAUAUUUCUUAUUCUUACUGAUAAUUGGUCAUAUCAUGUCAUAUGUAGACAUUGUGACACAGAGAAAGACAUCCAGUAUAGAAGAACAACAGGUGCACUUUCUCCAAUGACUGUAGCUUUAAAAGCCCAUAAUGCCAUGUAGCUACAGGGCAGUUUUUAUUAAUGGGUAUGACUUACCUUUUCUCUGGACUGGAAAGACUCGUAUGCUAUCAGUGUUGCUCUCCCCGCCUACACCGACUCAAUUCAAGUGUCGUUUGAGAGAGCGCUCAAAUCAAGUUCAGGCUUUUUCCUUUUAGGCCUGUCAAAGGUAUUCUGGGAAAUGUAGGCCAUCACUAACACAAACAGAAGGCUGAACCGAAGUAUGAAACACUUAAUCACAAAAUGACUCCAGACGCACACUAAACAUCACACCAGCAAUGAUGUAUAAAAGUAUGAGAAGAGCUAAGGGUGGAGUUUCUUCCUUACAGACGGUCACAGGACAGCGGGUGGGGAGGACAUAAACAGCACAUGCUCAACAACCAUUGGUGCAUUCUUGAACAAUUUAUAAGUUGCUGAUUUCAUUUCCAGGCAAACUGUAUUAUUAAUUUCUAAGGGCAUACAACAUCUUAAAAUUUGCCUUUACAGUUGAUAAUCUGCUACCAACAGAUUUAACUGUUAUCAGUGAAGGAAUGUUUCUAGUGCAUUCUUAUAUUUUGAAGUUCAACUUCAGUCUUUUUAUGGAGUGAAAUGAAUGCCUGUGUGUUGAAGUUAAGGGGAAAAGCUGCUCAAACAAGCACUGUUAAGAGCAAGAAUAUUAGGUUACACACAUGUUUACAGUGCCUGUAGUGCCUUAAGUCUCAGCUCACUGCUAAUACAAAUUGAUAUACAGUAUCAGCAGUUUGAGACGUACUCUGCUGAAUUGCACUUGCAGUCAAUCAAAAGUGUAAUAAAUCUAAAGAUCAGUAUUUCUCGAUCUGUUAUGCAGUUUGUUGUAUUAAUGUAGUUUUACUAAUUCUGUAUACGUCCAACUUUAUAUUUAAAUCUCUUUGAAUGUGAUUGGUGAUUGUAUUGUUAUUAUUCCAAAUCUUUGCUUUUUAGACACUAGAUGUUGAAUGGUACAUAUGUAUACUGCACAUUUUAUACAAACACUAAAUUAGAAGCCAAAGGAUUUUUGAAACUGACACAAUGGAAACAACACAUGAUCCUUCUGGGUACCUGUGGACUACAGUUAGCUUUCUAGCAAAGCUGACUGACCUGUUAGCAAUAAAAAGUUAGUCUCUUUACACUAGUGACAGCUUCAUAUGUAAAAGUCAGUGAUGCAGUACCUGAAACAUGCUCCUCUGCUGAGACUGUGCUGCACAAUCAAUCUGAAACAUGUGCUUGUUGGUUCUGACAAGAGUAUCGGUCUAAUGUGUCACUGUCUGCCAAAACUGUAAGUUUAAAGGUACACUUGAAUCUUUGAAUGUUCACUUAUUUAAAAGUGUAUUUUUCCGUGCCAAAAUUGUACUUUACUUGUGACCAAAUGAAAGAUGUAAAUCGUUUUAAAUUAAUAAAAUUUCUUUUUGUGAAAGGUU